GUCAAGCUGGGCUGAAAGGGUAGGUAGGAGUUUGCGGGAGAGAAAGGUGCCGCAGGAGGCAGUGCCCACCCCGGUGUGUGUGAGAAGCAACCCCUUUUGGGGACACAAAAAGUACACCUUUAAAAACUGUUCAGUCCCCUCUAGGCACCCUCCAUCCGCACAGAUGUACCCCGUCCCAGCUAGACACCGCCCUGCAGGCGAGGGUGCCGCUGGGGGAGCUGAGCUGGGGGAAAGCUCGGAGGGCCGCGGGGCGGAGGGGGGCGGUGGAGCCGGCGGGAGGGGCGUCUCUUGGCAGGAUCUCAGGGAGUUUUGCGUCCAGAACAAGUCGUGCAAAAGUCAAUGCUGCUGCCGGGAGCCCCAUGGCUGCAAGUUCCACUGCGCCGAGAAGGGGUCCGAGGGCAGCUUGUGUCACACGCAGACUUUCGUAGGCCUGUAUAACGAGUGUCCCUGCAAGCUGAAUCUGACUUGUGUGUUUCCGAAGAAUGAGAAAUCAUUUGGAAUCAUCAGAAAAUUGAAAAAAAGAAGCCAGCUAAGAAAAUGUUCUUCUAAUGCCUUCUCUUUCUUGCUGCCUCUGCCACCCACCAUCCUACCUACCCAGAACUAUGUGUCCCUGCCCCUGGUCCCCAGAGCCUCCACCAACAGUGUACCAUCAUUGAAAUAAAGAACUUUCAAUGUU